AUGGUACCGUCUCUACACGGUAGCAAUUUAUCGUUAGCAACAGGGAAGCAGGAGCAGCAACCAAUUAAGUACGUGCUCACGAACUGUAACGAUGGUGCUGGUACCAGUAGCAACGCUAUGGAUAACAACAUGCAAAUGCAACGAGUUUGCAUCAACACAUCGAAUGCUACGAUCCAAGGUUUGUUUCAUCUUAAUCGUUAG